AUGCCGAAUUCGAACGCAGACAUCGAUGACUUAGUCGCCAAAGGCGUACGAGAGCUCCUUGCAGAGCAGAAGGAUGGGGAGCGUCUGAACAUUGCAGCAAAAGCGCGCGAACUUGGGGUGCAUAAGAAUCGUCUAUAUCGUCGAAUCAAGGGCGUAGGACCUCGUACGUCUCGAAAGCCUGUUAAUCACAAGCUAUCAGCAAUACAAGAGGCCUCUCUUUUGCGAUACAUCAAGUCUUUGGAUGAAAUUGGCCAUUCUGUGCGGUAUGAUCAGAUCAGCAGUGUAGCAAAUGCUAUUCUCGCAGAGGAUCAUACCAAUAAUAUUUCUGCGCCUUUUAUUCUUCAACACGUCAUGGUUAUGCCAGCCUUCGGAUGGAGUGCUGGGGAUCUUUUCAAGCUCAUUGAGAUCUCCUAUAUAAUUUACCAGGCCUUUAACGAUGCGCGCAAGAACUCAUCACGCCAAUUUCAACUGCUUAGUGAUGAAUUCGGAAGGUUUCACACGUGCCUCGAGUUGCUGCAUAGUCUGCUCAAGAAACAUGGCAAAAAUCUCUAUUUCGGGCACGAUCAGUUCAAAGUUACUCUUGAAGAAUGUCAGGAGUUCCUGUCGAAAUACUCAGUCCUUGGAGACCGUCGCAACUCCGUCGCGAAGUUCUUCAAGACCAUAGGAUGGACGACAGAGGAGAGAGGCACCAUUAGCAGGCUGAUCACCGCAGUACACGGUCAUGCGCAUGUUAUUGGGCUUUAUACCAGUUACCUGACCUUGGAAGCAUCACUCGAAGGAAGAGCUGUGCAUGAGAAGAUCAUCGAAAAUACUCAGGAGACCUUGAACGAGCUGAGGCGGCUGCAGAGGGUACGAAGUAUCACUGAGGAGCCUGAAGCCGCCACUGCGCAGAUUCUCGGAGCUGGCUGCUGUACAGACGGUACGGUGGUGCUAAAGCUAGACGAGGUCGCGAAAGAGCUUGAUGGCUUUACUCAUGUUCUCAAGCACGAACAAGCUUCGUUGGACUCGCAACAUCAGAACAGUGCGGUUGAAAACGAUUUGGAUUUCCCCGAAAGCGACGAAGCCAGAACGAUCGAUUUGGACUUGACAAUGCUCCAAACAGUGCUUCAAGAGGUCGAGCAUAUACUGGAGCGGGCCAGAAACGGCUCAAAGCGCGAGUACAACCGGCGUGUCAUCCGGCAGGCUACCAGGCGUGAUACCCAUGAUACCCAUGAUACCAAUGAUAGCGGCAUCUCAGAUAUGUCUAUCAGCCCGAAGUCCAGACUCAGUUUACAUGCCUCCAGAAGCCCUACCCUUCAACCCCACUCAGUGGGCACGGUUGGCCGUUCGUGGACAAGGACCAGCAUCGAAAAGUUCAGUCCGACUUUAGAGGCCAGUCAAGCUCCACCUCAACCUCGCCCCUCAGCAAGUUCGAUGAGCUCGCCGCUUUUGGAGUCAUCUUCACCAAUGACCCGGCAAGGCACUAGUCCCAGCACUGCUGUGACAACGCCACUAUUCGGCAGCCCAGCCGGGGAUCCUGAUACAGGCACAAGGCUUCCUAGCAUCCGACUGCCGGCCGCGGCCAUAGAUUGGAGUUCGUUUUGCAACGAGGCCCAAGUUACUUGCGAAGGUUGGCAGAGACCCUGGUCUUGCAAGAUCAGCCAACGUCGGCGAGCAAGGGACUGUGGAUUGUCGCUUCGAGCUGAGCGCGCAGAUGGAUCAUAUCUCUACCAUGAUCUACCCGCGUUUGGGAUAGCUGUACCUCACACAUCGCACAGUGUUGCUAACCCCCAAGCGAAGAACGUGGUGACAUUCAAAGAACCACAAAAUCAUAGGCUGAUAAAGGUAACGCAUCCUACCGAAAGUGCAGAGAGAGAGCCGAGAUACGUCUUUCAGAACUCUGCAGAUCACAAAGCAUUCCAGGAGUUGAUUUAUGGGUGUGACCUUGAGGACUCAUGGGAUAUAACAUCUGUCGAAUCAAACAGGGAAAAAGAGUGUGUCACUCAGACCUUGCGUCUAUGGAGAGACAGGUAUACACGGGUACCAUUGAUCCUAUUCUACACCAACAGCCGACGAAGAUCGCCCAAAAUAUACAUACAAGAGCCGAAAACCUCAUUUGAGGUUAAAUUCCAGAUAGACAAGAAAAACCCUACUAAUUAUGGAUAUAUAUCAACGUCUCCCAAGUGCUCAAGUAGACACCCAUCAUAUCUCGGAUUUGCGUUGCGUGAGACCGGCUUCGUGUCAAUCACCUUUGCAAAGCCGUUGUCUGAGCGACACGGUCUUCGAACCGCAAUGAAUCUGAGUCGCUGGUUCUACAAGGCUACCGCAGGCGUCGAAGAUUUUGUUGAAGGCGCUGAUGAUGAGGAAAUAACUAGUCGGCGGAACUAUGUAUACUGGACUAUCGACCACUCCUCAUUCCAGAAAUGGGUUGUUUUUGUUGCCGGCGUCGGCUUCUUCACCGACGCUUACGAUCUGUUUGCAGUUAAUGUCGUGUUGCCAAUCCUGGGGUUUGUCUACUGGGACGGCGAGAUCCCACAAAGCUACGAGACGGCAUUGAUUUGUGCAACGCUGGCCGGGACUUUGAUCGGCCAAGUACUUUUCGGAGUCCUCGCAGAUAUUUAUGGCCGAAGAAAAAUGUAUGGUCUGGAGCUGCUUGUGGUUAUCUCUGCUACCCUUGGUGUCGCGAUGAGUGCAACAGGCGAGAGAAAAAGCAUGGACAUCGUUGGUUGGCUCCUCUUCUGGCGCUUUACGAUGGGCAUAGGUAUUGGGGGGGACUAUCCUCUCAGUGCUGUCAUCUGUAGUGAAUUCGCUCCUCGGAGGCAUCGUACUCGUAUGCUGGCUUCUGUCUUCUGUUGCCAACCCAUCGGUCAACUUUCGGGUAUGAUUGUCUCCCUUGUGGUGAUCACGGCAUCCCACAAUUUCAUACCAACAGACAACGAUAAAUGUCGCUCCGAUGUGUGCAUACGAACACUUGAUAGUGCCUGGCGAUGGAUUGUCGGUUUUGGCUCGUUACCAGCGGUGGUAGCACUCUUCUUCCGCCUAACCAUCCCCGAGAGUCCUCGCUAUCUGCUCGAUGUUGUCGGGGCGUUUAAGAGCGCGUCCAAGAAUACACAAGAAUACUACCAUGGCGAUGUAUUCGGUCAAAGCCAGGAGCUGCUAGAAGACGGACGGAAUUCGCAAGUUUUACUUCCCGUUGAGCACGCAAUACCGAAGUCCACAGUCCAAGGCUCGCCUUCCCCUUCUCUUUCUCCUUCUCCAGAUACGAGGCCUGCCCGCGACGGCAGCCAAGGGCUCGUACCGACUCAAAGCUCUACACUGAAUGCAGGUGGUCGCCCGCAUACACUACCGUCUCCAACGUUGGCACCUACUGAUGACCAAAUCGACAGCAAUGGGGUAAGUACUGUUACUAUGCGUACCGGAUCCUUCCCCUUAAGCGCUCAUACCGUGGAGCCUGUGCCACUGAACGAGCAACAACCGCCACAAGCAUCUUGGGAGGAUGCGAACAACUUCUUCAUCAAGGAGAAGAAUUGGAUCUAUCUUGUAGCUACCUCGUCCACGUGGUUCUGUCUCGAUUUCGCCUUCUAUGGUUUGGGACUUAGCACCCCCGAAAUCAGUCAGAACCUCUGGCACAAUCCUAACGACCCAACCGCCAAAGCCGUAUACCACAUCUUGCUAGACAACACCACACAGUCUCUUGUGCUUACUUCGAUUGGCACGAUGGUCGGCUCACUUCUCAUCAUCAAAGCAAUAAAAUAUUGGUCCAGCAAAGCGAUUCAAUUUUACGGCUUCAUCGCCCUAGCCAUUCUCUUCCUCACCAUUGGCGGCGCCUUCGGCAAACUUCUCUUCUCAGACUUCAAAGGCAUCAUCAUCAUGCUUUACGUGCUAUGUCAAAUUGCCUUCAACCUUGGCCCGAAUACAACUACCUAUAUCAUUCCCGCCGAGAUAUUCCCAACGAGGUACAGGUGUACUUGCCACGGCAUCUCUGCCGCGGCUGGCAAAUUAGGGAGCAUUGUAGGUCAAGCGUUUAUCGCUCAUGUACGGUUUCCAGGGGAGGAUGCUGGCAAACGCAGAUCGCUGGGCUGGAUAUUGAUGGUCCUUGCCUUUGUUAUGGCCAUCGGAGCUCCGGUGUCGAGGUAUUUCUUACCAGAGACACGGGAUCAGAAGGGUGAGAGCAAGAGCCUCGAAGCGCUAGCGCAAGGGAAGAAAGCGGUAUAA